AUGGCGUCUCAAGAAUCCGGCAUGAUACAACUGCUGGCCUUGUUCUUUGCAAGUCCUGCCUUUGCACAGUACACCAACCUUCCAAAUGUCAAACCAGGCGUUUUUGAGGCGAGCACCCGCAUAGAAAUCUACAACACCAACUUCGAUGCCGUCUGGGACUUGCUCACCGACUUUCCCAACUACGCUGCCUGGAAUCCAUUUGUCCGCUAUGCAGUCGUCACCUCACCACUCAACAUCACACUGCCUGAGCAACGGCCUGCCGAGGGCAAGAACCUCUACUUCCGCGUUCAAAUCCCCUCGCUUCCACUGCCCGUAGACAAGGACACUCCCGACAACCCUCUGCACACGCAAUCAUCACAGGAGCUCGUCACAGCCGUACAACGCGACCUGGGCAGGCUGGCCUGGGAGUUCUGGCCGCCUUCGGUCAUGCUGAGUGCUGAAAGGUGGCAGGCCAUUACUGACUAUGGCAAUGGAACUGUGCUGUAUGAGAGUAGAGAAGUUUUCAAUGGGCCUCUGGCUUAUGUUAUCAAAACCACCAUGGGCGAUGCCUUACAAGCCUCAUUUGUAGGCCAGGGAGAGGGGAUCAAGCUGUACCUUGAAAGCCGGUGA